CUAUCAUUCGUAGGCCCCGAAUAUGUGAUAUAACCGCGGAAAUUGUCUUGACACUUAUCUGCGAAUUCGGUCACCGCGCUUCUUCGCUACCUUUAUAUACAGAUACAGAUAGAGCUACAGAUACAGAUACAGAUAUAUAUUUAUCAUUGUCCGCGAGUGGAGCUCUUAUCAAAUCAACAAAAGGCUUAUAUGGCGAACCGCAAUAACGAAAUGGGCAAACAAAAUUCUCCCCCUCCAAUAGCCCACUUAUAUAUUACGGUUAUACUCGUAUGUACAAACGGAAAGUAAACAAUCCGAAUAAAACUUGGCUAAAACAAACCUGUCGCCGCUCCAGUCGCAGUCGCAGUCCCAGUCCCAGUCGCAUUCGCAUUCCCAGUCGGAGUCCAUCGUUAACUUGAAGAUCGUUUCGAGUGGAGGGAGCCCUUAGUUCAGUCCGCGCCUCGUGAUUUUAAUCUGUUUGGUUUGGUUUUUGUCGCAGUCGGAAUUGUUUCAAAUAUAGCGUCAUGCUUUUGGGAUUGUUGUCGUUUUCGGGCUGAGAUUGUGCUGGGCGGCGGGAUUGACGGACGGACUGCCGGGGAGGUGGUGACGGCAAUUAGCGAGUUCAUGUGGCAAACACCUCGAAAGAAUCACGUACCGAAAGGGUAUAUUUCCCAAAAGUGAUUGAUUGUAAUCGUUGUUUGUACACACUACAAUAUAUGUACGGACGCGUGGAAACAAAAGCGGAGAAAACCCUCAAAAUUGUGUGUUUUGUCAAACCUUUGAGAGGAAUAGAGCUAAAGUUACGUCGCGACGGGGGCUUAAACUAUUGCGGGGGGCGAGAGGGAUCUUGCUGUGUGCGAGUGUGUGCUUCGAAUGCAAAUGCAGCCAAAUCGUUAUUAUUGCCGUUAUCGAACUCAAUGUCACCUCCGCAUUGCUGCAAGCGUUUGAUACGCCCCUACAUACGCCUCAUGCAGCUGCCAAUCUAUCGUCCCGCAGCCGCCAACCUGCUGCUGGGCCUGACUUCGGUGGUGGGACUCGUCGGCGGGGCCUACCUGCUGCAAUGUGGCGCCCAGCGUCUUCUUGGUAAAAUAGCCGAUAGGAAGUGGAAGAAGGAGGAAGCCAGGGAGCAGCAGAGCUGCAAUGUCUGCUGUGCAGACUUGGACCAGAGCAGUCCCAAAACCUAUGUGACAUGCUGUACAUGCGGAAAGUGCGUUUGCCGCGGACCCAAGUGCGCUGACUGGCGGCCCAAGGAUGCCGACUGGGAGUGCCAGCUGUGCCACAGCUCCAAGGAGUCGCUGGCCCACACCUCCUCCUGGGUGGCGGAGCAGAUGUCCUUUAACCAGCACAAGUUCGUGUAUCCGAUGCGGGCUCGCAGCGAGGUCUACAUACCCAUCACUGGCGAUGGGGAUGGCGAUGCCAAUGACAGCACAAUGCACAUUGAGAGCAUCAGCCAGAUAGGGCAGAGUGUUCAUCUCGACGAGCGCGCCAAGAUUCGUGCAUAUGUGGAGGAAAUCGUGGCGGAGAUGCUGGGCGGCAGUCUGGAUCACAUCAAAGUGGGACAAUUGUCCAAAAGCGAAAACUACUUGCAAUUCUUCCACAAAUUUCAUGCGAAACUUUCGAACCUGCUUAUCAAUGUGGAGAGCGACCUGCUCAAGGGAGAUCUGCCGGCCAUUGUCAAUGGGAGCAACAGCAACAACAACAACAACAACAACAAUGGGGACUCCGAGUCUCUGGCAGACAUCUCGCAGACCCGUCUACGGAGUCUCAUCGAGACCAUCAUAGCGGAGACGCUGCGCAACAGUGCCCUGAGCGUGAGCGGAGCCGUCUCGGAGAUCAGCCUGGACACCCGCUCGCUGGCCGCCGAGCUGCCGAACAAAGGGAAUGGGCUGAAGCGCCGACAUCGCACGGAGCACUACUUCGAGCCGAAGAUCUAUCAGGAUCUGCUGGCCACAGCGGUGCUCAAUAAGAUUGCCGAUAAGGAAGGGAACACAAGGUUAAUAUCGGAGAGCACACCAGACUUGAGUGGUCACCUCAUUGAUGAGAAUUACAAUGCCGAAGCGUUGAGCACCACGUCCGGUAGUUCCAUUGAGCCCCGAAGCGAUUGCAGCCUCACCGACCAUGAAUUGGCACUGGAUACUGGCAAAUCCAAGUCCCUGCAGGCGGAUUUGGAGCGUGAAUCGGUUUUGAGUGAUUAUAUAGCCGCCCACAUGGUUCCCCUUCCGGACUUUUCGGCAUCUGUUACUGAGUCGGAGGAUGAUGUUGGAUCAAUCUCCUCGAGCAUGAUCGGCGAUGGCACUUGGGAGGAUAACUGGCUAUUCAAGAAGAAGCGCAGCUCCGUGCAGAGCUCGGUCACACCGAGCAGCAUUGGCAUGCUGGUGCCGGCUCCCAUGGAGAAUGUGCGUGCCCAAAUCGGCGAUAGGACUGCGGACGAGGUCAGCGAUCUGUCGGAGCUGGGAUCGGAUGUGGAGGACAAUUCGCUUGAUUUGCUGCGCUGCAACGAUCUAAACGAUCGCCUGCUGAGCAAGCAUCUGAUCGGUGGCCAGAACACAAAACUUGUGCUAGACGAGCUCGUAGAUCGGACCAGCCUGAUCUCCCACACCCUACCAGAGGAGCAUGAGCCCGCAUUUACGGAAACCACAAACACGUUCGUCGUAGCAUCCUCUGCCGCGACAUCUGAUGUUAUAGUUUCACUACCAUCACCCAUGGUGUUUCAAGAUGACUCGAUGAACGAGGAGCUGGUCCAGACUCCCAUUGCAGCCCAAGGCGAAACUGACGAACUGGCCAGCCUCGAAGGUUGCAUUGGUUACAGCACAGUAGAAUACAUUGAUGAAGAGCAGAUGCGCGAAACCACGCCGUCAGUUAUCGAAAUACUAGCCGCCAUUGCCUUGGGACCGAUGCUAGCGGUCCCAGCAUCGGAGCAGCCGGGGGUCAUAACUCCGAGUGAGAUGCAUACACUAAAGGAGCUAAGCGACUUGGCGCUCGCCGAAAUAAACGCUCGCACAAUGGACCUGGCGCACCAUUCACUUGACAUCAUAGAAGAGGAGAAUAUUGAAUUAAUGCCGUUCACCGGGAGUGUCUCAGAACCUUCCACUAUAAAUGUCCAUCCAUCAACUCUGACAGACCCAACAACAAACCACCAAUCUACAGAAACAACAGCCGCCCAGGAGCCAAAAAUGGUACCAAAACCUGCCAUAGACAGUGAUGCGCCCAUACAUAACCCAUCGACAACACAAAUUCUAACAGUAGAUAAACCAGCAGCAUUGGAUCCUCCGGCAGCAGUGGAAAUCAGUCCUGAAACGGACACUGUUGCUGUUGAUCCUCCUCCGCCAGCAGCAGCGGAAAUCAUAUCAGACACAGAAACCGUAGCCGUGGAUCCGCCAGCUGCAUUGGACAUCUCUCCAGCCGCAGAAACCGUAGCUGUGGAUCCUCCAGCAGCAGUGGAACUCAUUACAGAUCCUGAAACCGUAGCUGUGGAUCCUCCGGCAGCAGCAUUGGAAAUCAUUCCAGACGCAGAAACCGUAGCUGUGGAUCCUUCCGCACCAGUGGAAAUCCUUCCGGAAACACAAACUGUUGCUGUUGAUCAUGCUCCUCCAGCAGCAUUGGAAAUCACUCCAGCAGCAGAAACUGUAGCUGUGGAUCCUCCAGCAGCAGUGGAAAUCAUUUCGGAAACAGAAACUGUUGCUGUUUAUCCUCCUCCUCCAGCAGCAGUGGAAAUCACUCCAGCAGCAGAAACUGUAGCUGUGGAUCCUGCAGCAGCAGUGGCAAUCAUAACAGAACCUGAAACCGUAGAUGCGGAUCCUCCGGCAGCAGCAUUGGAAAUCACUCCAGCAGCAGAAACCGUAGCUGUGGAUCCUCCGGCAGCAGCAUUGGAAAUCAUUCCAGACGCAGAAACCGUAGCUGUGGAUCCUCCCGCACCAGUGGAAAUCAUUCCGGAAACAGAAACUGUGGCUGUUGAUCCUGCUCCUCCAGCAGCAGUGGAAAUCACUCCAGCAGCAGAAACUGUAGCUGUGGAUCCUCCAGCAGCAGUGGAAAUCAUUACAGAACCUGAAACCGUAGCUGUGGAUCCUACGGCAGCAGCAUUGGAAAUCAUUCCAGACGCAGAAACCGUAGCUGUGGAUCCUCCCGCACCAGUAGAAAUCAUUCCGGAAACAGAAACUGUGGCUGUUGAUCCUGCUCCUCCAGCAGCAGUGGAAAUCACUCCAGCAGCAGAAACUGUAGCUGUGGAUCCUCCAGCAGCAGCGGAAAUCAUUCCGGAAACGGAAAUCGUAGCUGUGGAUCCUCCGGCAGCAGCAUUGGAAAUCAUUCCGGAAACAGAAACUGUUGCUGUUGAUCCUGCUCCUCCAGCAGCAGUGGAAAUCACUCCAGCAGCAGAAACUUUAGCUGUGGAUCCUCCAGCAGCAGUGGAAAUCAUUACAGAACCUGAAACCGUAGCUGUGGAUCCUACGGCAGCAGCAUUGGAAAUCAUUCCAGACGCAGAAACCGUAGCUGUGGAUCCUCCGGCAGCAGCAUUGGAAAUCAUUCCAGACGCAGAAACGGUAGCUGUGGAUCCUCCCGCACCAGUGGAAAUCAUUCCGGAAACAGAAACUGUUGCUGUUUAUCCUGCUCCUCCAGCAGCAGUGGAAAUCACUCCAGCAGCAGAAACUGUAGCUGUGGAUCUUCCAGCAGCAGUGGAAAUCAUUACAGAACCUGAAACCGUAGCUGUGGAUCCUCCGGCAGCAGCGUUGGAAAUCAUUCCAGACGCAGAAACCGUAGCUGUGGAUCCUCCUGCACCAGUGGAAAUCAUUCCGGAAACAGAAACUGUUGCUGUUGAUCCUGCUCCUCCAGCAGCAGUGGAAAUCACUCCAGCAGCAGAAACUGUAGCUGUGGAUCCUGCAGCAGCAGUGGCAAUCAUAACAGAACCUGAAACCGUAGUUGCGGAUCAUCCGGCAGCAGCAUUGGAAAUCACUCCAGCAGCAGAAACCGUAGCUGUGGAUCCUCCGGCAGCAGCAUUGGAAAUCAUUCCGGAAACAGAAACUGUUGCUGUUGAUCCUGCUCCUCCAGCAGCAGUGGAAAUCACUCCAGCAGCAGAAACUGUAGCUGUGGAUCCUCCAGCAGCAGUGGAAAUCAUUACAGAACCUGAAACCGUAGCUGUGGAUCCUACGGCAGCAGCGUUGGAAAUCAUUCCAGACGCAGAAACCGUAGCUGUGGAUCCUCCCGCACCAGUGGAAAUCAUUCCGGAAACAGAAACUGUGGCUGUGGAUCCUGCUCCUCCAGCAGCAGAAACUGUAACUGUGGAUCCUCCAGCAGCAGCGGAAAUCAUUCCGGAAACGGAAAUCGUAGCUGUGGAUCCUCCGGCAGCAGCAUUGGAAAUCAUUCCAGACGCAGAAACGGUAGCUGUGGAUCCUCCCGCACCAGUAGAUAUAAUUACGGAAACAGAAACUGUUGCUGUUGAUCCUGCUCCUCCAGCAGCAGAAACUGUAGCUGUGAAUCCUCCAGCAGCAGCGGAAAUCAUUCCCGAAACGGAAAUCGUAGCUGUGGAUCCUCCAGCAGCAGCAUUGGAAAUCAUUCCGGAAACAGAAACUGUUGCUGUUGAUCCUGCUCCUCCAGCAGCAGUGGAAAUCACUCCAGCAGCAGAAACUGUAGCUGUGGAUCCUCCAGCAGCAGUGGAAAUCAUUACAGAACCUGAAACCGUAGCUGUGGAUCCUACGGCAGCAGCAUUGGAAAUCAUUCCGGAAACAGAAACCGUAGCUGUGGAUCCUCCUGCACCAGUGGAAAUCAUUCCGGAAACCGAAACUGUUGCUGUUGAUCCUGCUCCUCCAGGAGCAGUGGAAAUCACUCCAGCAGCAGAAACUGUAGCUGUGGAUCCUCCAUCAGCAGCGGAAAUCAUUUCGGAAACGGAAAUCGUAGCUGUGGAUCCUCCGGCAGCAGCAUUGGAAAUCAUUCCAUAUGCAGAAACCGUAGCUGUGGAUUCUUCCGCACCAGUGGAAAUCCUUCCGGAAACACAAACUGUGGCUGUUGAUCCUGCUCCUCCAGCAGCAUUGGAAAUCACUCCAGCAGCAGAAACUGUAGCUGUGGAUCCUUCAGCAGCAGCGGAAAUCAUUCCGGAAACGGAAACCGUAGCUGUGGAUCCUCCAGCAGCGGUGGAAAUCAUGUCAGAAACAGCAACCGUAGCUGUGGAUCCGGCAGCUGCAUUGGAAUUCACUCAAGCCGCAGAAACCGUAGCCGUGGAUCCUUCCGCACCAGUGGAAAUCCUUCCGGAAACACAAACUGUGGCUGUUGAUCCUGCUCCUCCAGCAGCAGUGGAAAUCACUCCAGCCGCAGAAACUGUAGCUGUGGAUCCUUCAGCAGCAGCGGAAAUCAUUCCGGAAACGGAAAUCGUAGCUGGGGAACCUCCGGCAGCAGCAUUGGAAAUCAUUCCAGAUGCAGAAACCGUAGCUGUGGAUCUUUCCGCACCAGUGAAAAUCCUUCCGGAAACACAAACUGUGGCUGUUGAUCCUGCUCCUCCAGCAGCAGUGGAAAUCACUCCAGCAGCAGAAACUGUAGCUGUGGAUCCUUCAGCAGCAGCGGAAAUCAUUCCGGAAACGGAAAUCAUAGCUGUGGAUCCUCCAGCAGCAGUGGAAAUCAUGUCAAAAACAGCAACCGUAGCUGUGGAUCCGGCAGCUGCAUUGGAAUUCACUCAAGCCGCAGAAACCGUAGCCGUGGAUCCUUCCGCACCAGUGGAAAUCCUUCCGGAAACACAAACUGUGGCUGUUGAUCCUGCUCCUCCAGCAGCAGUGGAAAUCACUCCAGCCGCAGAAACUGUAGCUGUGGAUCCUUCAGCAGCAGCGGAAAUCAUUCCGGAAACGGAAAUCGUAGCUGGGGAACCUCCGGCAGCAGCAUUGGAAAUCAUUCCAGAUGCAGAAACCGUAGCUGUGGAUCUUUCCGCACCAGUGGAAAUCCUUCCGGAAACACAAACUGUGGCUGUUGAUCCUGCUCCUCCAGCAGCAGUGGAAAUCACUCCAGCAGCAGAAACUGUAGCUGUGGAUCCUCCAGCAGCAGUGGAAAUCAUUACAGAACCUGAAACCGUAGCUGUGGAGCCUCCGGCAGCAGCAUUGGAAAUCAUUUCAGAAACAGAAACCGUAGCUGUGGAUCCUCCCGUACCAGUGGAAAUCAUUCCGGGAACAGAAACGGUUGCUGUUGAUCCUGCUCCUCCAGCAGCAGAGGAAAUCACUCCAGCAGCAGAAACGGUAGCUGUGAAUCCUCCAGCAGCUGUGGAAGAUGUAGAAACCGUAUCUGUGGAUCCUCCAGAAGCAGUUGAAAUCAUUCCAGUCACAGAAAACGUAGCUGUGGAUCCUCCUGCAGCAUUGGAAAUCACUCCAGCAGCAGAAACUGUAGCUGUGGAUCCUCCAGCAGCAGUGGAAAUCAUUACAGAACCUGAAACCGUAGCUGUGGAUCCUACGGCAGCAGCAUUGGAAAUCAUUCCAGAUGCAGAAACCGUAGCUGUGGAUCCUUCCGCACCAGUGGAAAUCAUUCCGGAAACAGAAACUGUGGCUGUUGAUCCUGCUCCUCCAGCAGCAGUGGAAAUCACUCUAGCAGCAGAAACUGUAGCUGUGGAUUCUUUAGCAGCAGUGGAAAUCAUUACAGAACCUGAAACCGUAGCUGUGGAGCCUCCGGCAGCAGCAUUGGAAAUCAUUCCGGAAACAGAAACCGUAGCUGUGGAUCCUCCUGCACCAGUGGAAAUCAUUCCGGAAACAGAAACUGUUGCUGUUGAUCCUGCUCCUCCAGCAGCAGAAACUGUAUCUGUGGAUCCUCCAUCAGCAGCGGAAAUCAUUCCGGAAACGGAAAUCGUAGCUGUGGAUCCUCCGGCAGCAGCAUUGGAAAUCAUUCCAGAUGCAGAAACCGUAGCUGUGGAUCCUUCCGCACCAGUGGAAAUCCUUCCGGAAACACAAACUGUUGCUGUUGAUCAUGCUCCUCCAGCAGCAUUGGAAAUCACUCCAGCAGCAGAAACUGUAGCUGUGGAUCCUUCAGCAGCAGCGGAAAUCAUUCCGGAAACGGAAAUCGUAGCUGUGGAUCCGCCAGCUGCAUUGGAAAUCAUUACCGAACCUGAAACCGUAGCUGUGGAUCCCCCAGCAGCAGUGGAAAUCAUGUCAGAAACAACAACCAUAGCUGUGGAUCCGGCAGCAGCUGUGGAAGAUGUAGAAAACGUUUCUUUGGAUCCUCCUGCAGCAGUGGGAAUCAUUCCGGAAACAGAAACUGUUGCUGUUGAUCCUUCUCCUCCAGCAGUAGUGGAAAUCAUUGCAGGGACAGAAUCGGUGGUUUUGGAUCCUACCGGUGCAGUGGAAUUCAUUCCGGAGACACAAACUAAAGCUGUGGAAAUACCAGCUGUUGAAGUGGAGGCUAAGAGCGUUUCAGACCUUGGUCCGAAUGCUUUAAUCGACGAUACGCAGUUGUUAAAUUGUGUUCCGAAACCGCUUAAAGAGUCAGAUAACAUGGACACAGCAUUAUUGGAACCAUCAUCGGAAUGCGUUCCAGCGCAAACAUCCGUAGAAUACACUAAGAGCGAUAGUUCCGCUCUAGGUUCCAUUGCUGAGCGAGAGGUCAAGAAGUGGUACAAUGCCGUCGAAAUGCCCAACAACCCUUAUGCGCCCGAGGCUCUGAAGCAGCGUAUCAGUGGCACCCAGGAGCGGUACAUGGAUGUGCCAAAUAUCAGUCCCAGUGCCGAGCAGAAGGCUCUGGCCGCCGCCCUCACUGAAGAUGGCGAUCCGGCGCCACCUUCAACCGACUACAAACGCUACAGCCGCGACUACUACAUCAACAAUGCCCCCAAUGGCACAGAAGUAAACGGAAUCGUACGGAGAGCAUCGUCCGGCGCAGAGAAGCAGCCGUCCGCAGAGGAUGUUGAGCAGGACAUAGUUAUCACCGAGGCGGCUCAAAACGCAAGCACAACUGCAAUAGAGCAGGAUAAGGAACAGGAAUCAGUUGCGGCUAACGUUUACACGGCCUUGCCAGCUCAGGUAUUUGACGAUUUGCUAGAGACCCAGUCGAACCCAUCGCUUCACUCCCUGCAAACAACGACAACCACCAGCGAUGAAUCCGAAACGGUGCGCGUCUACGACUUUAACAAGCAGGAGACCACGGUCAUCAGACCUGCCCCUGCGGAGCAGCAGCCGAGCUCCUCCACGACAUCAUCCAUGGAGUCAGCUCAGAGCGCGUCGGUGUCCUCUUCCUCCAUAGACGCAUCUGUGUCCAAAAAGCGUGAGCGACCAGUUGUCCUACAGUUUGGCCCUGCCGACUCGGUGCCCACAAUCGGUUCGCCAGUGAACACCCCCACAAGAGGCUCAACGCCCCCGGCAUUCCGCUUUCUCCAGCCAAAACGACGCCUCAUCGAGCCGAGUCAAGUGCUGUCUGUGGACGAAGAUGAUGUGAUGGAGCCUAAUACACCCGUCGCCGAGAAGCCCGCCGUAGAAGAUGAGGUGGUGCAUGCAAUGCCGUCAGUGAAAGCUCUGGCCCAGGCCUUCCUCUUGACUAGCAAAGCCCAACAAGCCGAGCGACGAUGGCGAUCAAAGGUUCGGCUAUCCUUACCAGCUGAUACGUCAGACAAGUCUCCUACCUCCCUGGCACGGCGACACAAGCUGGAGCAUGCUGUUUCCAUGGCAGAGGUAGCCGAUGAAUCCACGAUCGCCUCUGACUUAUCAUCCCUCGAAACGGAUCCAUCUAUUCAAUCGGACGGUUCCACGAACCCACCUAUCGCCUCUCCUGUGACCCCAGUCCCCGUACGUCAUGGCUUUCUCCGGAGCAAUAUUGCUUUCUUUGAGAACUUAAAGUUUAAGUGAAUAAGCGAAGGGGAUGAGAUGUGCCUCCAUUGGUGGAUAUUCCUUGAGUAAUAUGCACGGUAAUGGUAAAGCACUCCACGUAUCGUCACCAAAAAUUAUGUGCCAUGGCCAUGGCCAGCAUUUCCCAGCCAGAGACCUACCACACACACACAACAAUGUACUUAACUUCAAUUGUUACUUGUAGUCCGUAUUUAUUAUUAAUAACUAUUAUAUCCAUGGAUACUAUUUUUUUAGCCCUAAGAUAUGUAUUAUGUAUGUAUUUACUUAUAAGGCGUAACAGAGCUAUUUAAAGUUUUACCAAGAAAUGUUACAUUUUACCCGUACGUGUUUAACUGUUGCAUACUUCUAAUCAAUAAAUCUUACAUAGACUCAAAGCUCUUUUGGAGUUCUCACAACUGAAAUUCACAACAGACGAAUAUACAUAGAUUUGGGAUCGAUGUAGAGAUUGG